UAUUGUGCUAUCGGUGUUGUUGUUUGUUUGUCUGCCAUUUGUCCUAUUCUAGUUGAAGGUAUUUCUUGUUCAAACAUUAGUUACUUUCUAUGUUGACAAAUGCUAGCGUUUUCCAUGAUAACAUUUUAAAAGUCGUGUAAACAGACAAGCUGACUUUGUGUAACUAGACGUUCUUAUCAAACUAAAUUAACAGGGAUGAGAACCAGACAACAACAACAAGAAUACAUACAGUUUUCAACGUACAGAACCGAUCCGGAAUUAGUAACUCAUCAUUUUCUAUUAUGGACACGACGUAAUCCCAACGAAUUUCAAGAGUUGUUGAUUAACGACACAGCCGCUCUGCAGGCCUCCAAUUUCGACCGGAAGAAUCCUACACGAAUAUAUGCUCACGGGUUCACAGGAAAUGGACAAAACCAUUGGAGUCUCAGACUACGUGACCGAUUUCUGGAAAAAGAAGACUGCAAUUUUAUAAAUGUCGAUUGGCGACACUUGGCUGCGGGUCCCGACUAUCCCAGAGCGGUUGCCAAUGUUCAGCUUGUCGGAUCACUCACAGGAAGCUUUGUGAAAUUUCUGGUUUUAAAAGGUGCUGAUCUGCGCAGAGUUCAUCUGAUUGGUUUCAGUCUGGGAGCGCACGUUGUUGGGAAAGCUGGCCAAACAAUGAAUGGUGAAAUUCCAAGAAUAACAGGCUUAGAUCCAGCUUAUCCACUUUUCGAGGAAGCCAGCGCGGAUGAGGUACUAGACAAAACGGACGCUAAAUUUGUAGACAUUAUACAUACUAAUGCUGGAAAGUUAGAAGAAGGCCGAAAAGGAUUCCCUUUUACCCUUGGACACGCAGAUUUUUGGCCAAACGGCGGAUCGAUUCAACCGGUGCGAUAAUAGAAGUCUUUUGUAAUGUUUUACAAAUAUUCUAAUUUAAAUUACAGGGGUGUGUGAGCAGCAACGUGAAGCUUGGGAAAAUAGCAACUAUUAUUCAAAAGCUUUCUGAAGCCGUCUGCAGUCACAGAAUGGCAAUGGAAUAUUUCCUGGAAUCGAUCACCGGUUCUGAGUUCAUCGCCACUCAAUGCAAUACUU